AAAGAUUUGCUCGUAGCAAAGAAACAACUAGCUAGCAAUGGGUUACAAGCAAUCCCCGGCCUCGAUUGCGGUGGCUCUCCUCCUCUUGGCCACCGCGACUCCUCUUGCCUACGGCCAAUUACAAGAAACUACUGGCUUCGUCACUGGUAAAAUAUGCUGCACAUCCAGCGGAAACUGCCCCCCUGGGUCGGUAGGGAUCCCGGGAGUGGUGGUGAGGCUGAACUGCACCACUAUCUUUGGUGGGAUGGUGACGCUCGCCCAGGGCGUCACCAACUCCACCGGUGUUUUCAACCUCACUUUGCCAAAUUUACUUGGCUCGUUAGGCCCUGUCAUCAGCACAGUCCUACCAUGUGUUUAGCAUCGUGAGCAUUGGCUAAGGGGUGGUAUAGUACAUUAGUACAUAUCAUCAUCAACAAGUCUUCUCUAUUUACCUUAAUAAAAUAAAAUGUACGUAGAUAAACAAGCAAUAAGCAUGCUUAUAUGCAUGUAUAUAUAAUCAUAGCUUAUUUUGAUGCCUCAUUUUGUAUCCGUUAAGCCCGAAUAAUAAAUAA